ACUACAAUUGUCCCUCUGCCGAAUUGGAGUGAUUUUCUUGGAAUUAAAUCUUCCCUUCCAGGGAAGAAGCCCUAAUGCUUCGCCCUCUACCGCACAGUGCCUCACGCAGCCACAAACUCCAAUAACAUGCCAGCACUCCACCACGACCCCCAAUAGUCUGUAGCCGAACUACGGCUUCCGGCCACCCGCUUAUCCUCCGACCUGCACUGCUCGCCGCCGCCGCCACCCGCUUAUCUCUAGACUCUGUAUUGAUAAGUUGUCGGUUCUAGAAGUAGAAGCACUCUGUAGUAAUGUUUUGAUGAUGAGAAACAUCCUGCCACAAGUCAAGAAUGGUCUUCACAGGCAAUAUGGUCACAAGCAACUAUUCACUACUGCCGUGAGUAAUUCUCUCACCAUAAUGGUAAGUGAUGAGUUUCUAAUUUGAGAAGAUUAAAGGAGUGUUUUCUUUAGCUCGCGGAUGGAAAAUAUUGUAUACUUCAAUACAAGAUUACUUGGUUUAUUUAGGUCUCGAAGGUGAAUAUGUAUGUGAUAGUGUUUUCUACUCCUUCCAUCCUAUUUUGUGUUACACUUUCCAAAAAAUCUCAAACUUAAGGAAUUGAAUCUGGGAAAAUAAGAAAAACCCCUGAAAUUACCUUGUUUUCAUUUAUGUGAGCGAUGGUAAUAAACAUUUCAGGAUGCAUUUUUGACAAUUCAAAUUAGCCUUUACUAAAUAUAGUUAUUGGACAGUAAAUUCCAGGCAUCCCCAAAAAAAAGUUGACAACAAAAUCAGGACAGAUAUCCUGCUUUUGGAAGUAUUAAAAGAGUUGACACACUCCCUCGGCAAGCAAGGACAUGUUUGGCUACCAGGGGAAUUCCCUGUAGAGUUUAUGCCAUAAAAUUUGAGCCAAAGUGGCUCUGUACUUUACUGCCAAAAUUUGGAAGGGGGUUACAGUAUAAUCAAGCUUCCAUAGAUGUCCUCAGUGCUGGUUCAUUGGGCAGAUUGGGGUCCCGGUCCUUCUCUAGUAUCCCUAGAAAAGCACUCUCAGACAGAGAAAAUGGCCACAUUCCUCAUGGUGUUAAUAAGGAAGUGAAUGUUGAGAUUCAAAGUUUACCUGCUAGCAAUGAACAAUCGUCCGUAACAAAAGGGAAAUUGAAGCAACGAUCAAGAAGUAAAAAGUGUGACAAUAAAUCUACUGAUGCUAAGGAUGAUGUUCCUCAACAAAAGAAGAGACAAACUGCAAAAAAGAAGCAAUCUCCUGCCAUUUCAGAGAUUAGUUCAACUGUCAUUUCGGAAGUAUCUGAUGAGAAGGUAUUAGGAAAGCAGCAACCUACAUCUUCCAAGAAAAGAAACCGCAGAAUGGGAAAGUCAAAUACAGGAGCCACUGGUAUUGUGAAAUCAGACAAAUCACAAAAUUCUUCUUCAACAAAUAACUUGCAACAAUAUCAAAGUUUAAACAUCAACAGCGAAAUUGAGGCUCAACCUCAGGUUCAGAAAGUGUGGCCAACACUAUAUCCACCUACCAGUAAGUCUGUAUUGGUGGUUGAGUCUGUCACAAAAGCAAAAAUUAUUCAGGGAUAUCUUGGGGACAUGUUUGAAGUUCUGCCUAGUUAUGGCCAUAUCAGGGACUUGGCUGCCAGGUCAGGAUCUGUGCGACCUGAUGAUGACUUCAGCAUGGUGUGGGAGGUUCCUCCAGCUGCAUGGACUCGCCUUCUUGCUAUCAAAGGUGCAUUAAGUGGAGCCAAGAGUAUUGUUCUUGCUUCUGAUCCUGACCGCGAAGGAGAAGCUAUUGCUUGGCACAUUAAAGAGAUGUUGCAGCAACAGGAUGCUUUACGUGAUGAUAUUACGGUGGCAAGGGUUGUUUUCAAUGAAAUAACAGAAUCAUCCAUCAAAAGUGCCCUCCAGUGUCCAAGGGAGAUUGAUGUGAAUUUAGUAAAUGCUUAUCUUGCACGGCGAGCUCUUGAUUACUUGAUAGGAUUCAACAUCUCUCCAUUGUUAUGGAGGAAACUUCCUGCAUGCCAAUCGGCUGGGCGGGUUCAGUCUGCUGCUCUUGCACUAANAUUACGACUCUCAAAAGCUAAAUCAGCAUUCCAUUCAUUCUCACUCAGAGGCAACGGAAAUAGAACAGAAGAUCGCUUCAUCUGUAUUUGAAGUUCUUAGUUCUAAGAGAUCUAAAAAGCAGAGAAACCCGCCUCCUCCAUAUAUAACUUCAACACUCCAGCAAGAAGCUGCUAACAGGUUGGGUUUCACAUCCACAUAUACGAUGAGGCUAGCACAAAAGCUCUAUGAGGGUUUCGAGCUGUCUGAUGGUCAGGCAACAGGACUGAUAACUUAUAUCAGAACUGAUGGAUUACGUAUUUCAGAGGAGGCUGCAAAGGACAUACAGUCCUUUGUUAGAGGACGAUAUGGACAUAAUUUUGCAUCCACAAAUCCUCGUACGUAUUUUAGGAAGGUUAAAAAUGCUCAAGAGGCCCAUGAAGCUGUUAGACCCACUGAUAUUUGUAGGCUUCCUUCAAUGCUGUCUGGGGUAAUAGAUGAUGAUUCCUUAAAGUUAUACACACUUAUCUGGUCCCGUGCAUUGGCAUGCCAAAUGGAACCUGCUACCAUAGAUCAGAUAGUACUUGAUAUUGGGAAAUCUGAUCAAUCUAUUAUUUUUCGUUCUACAUGCUCGGAAGUGGAGUUUCAAGGCUACCAGGCUGUUUAUGAGGACCAAGAAACAAUUUCAAUACGUAAAGAUGAAAAUUGGGACAAAGACACUAGUUUAAUACGUACGGAUGAAAAUGGAGAUGAUAACCGGACUAAAAUAUUUGAGGUUCUAAGUGAUUUGAAGUCGGGGGACACACUGUUUCACUGCAAAACAGAAAUUAAUCAACAUCAUACUCAGCAUCCACCACGCUACUCUGAGGGCAGUUUAGUCAAGAAGAUGGAGGAACUUGGUAUUGGAAGACCUUCUUCUUAUGCAUCCACAAUCAAAGUAUUAAUGGAUAGGAAAUAUGUGACUGCAAAAAGCAGGAUACUAUAUCCUGAAUUUCGGGGACGUAUGGUGUCAGCAUUUCUUUCACAUUAUUUUUCAGAAGUGGCAGAUUAUUCUUUUACCGCUGAUAUGGAAACCGAACUUGAUAACGUGUCUGCUGGAUUGACUGAAUGGAAAGGUCUGUUGAAAGAUUAUUGGUCUAGAUUUAGCAAGUACUGUGAACAUGCUGGUAAAGUGCACAUCCAUCACGUGGAGAAGAUGUUGGAAAAAACAUAUGGAGACUUUUUAUUUGCAUCUCUUCCACACCAUUCUAGGACAUGCCCUAGAUGUGAGGAAGGAACUUUAUCAUUUAAAGUCAGCAGGUUUGGUGCAGGCUAUUUUAUAGGCUGUGAUCAACACCCUAAGUGCAAGUACAUUGCAAAGACAUUGUAUGGUGAGCAGGAAGAUGAAACUACAUCAGAUGAUAAUAAAAGUAUAGAUGAACAGAUAUUGCUGGGUGUCCAUCCAUCUUCAAAUGAAAAGGUUUUCGUUAAGAAUGGUCCGUAUGGAUACUAUGUUCAACUUGGAGAAGACAGGGCAGGACACACUCCCAAGCGAUCGUCACUGGCCCAAGUAAAGGAUAUCACAUCCGUAACCUUGGAACACGCCCUGGAUAUGCUGCGCUAUCCACUUACUUUGGGGAAGCAUCCAGAUGAUGGACGAGACAUUAUCAUGAGAGUUUCAGUAGAAGGAUAUAAAAUCAGACAUAAGCGCACGAUUGCUUCAUUACCCAAGAGCAUGAACCCCAAGGAUGUAAACAUGGAAGUGGCCAUGAAACUGUUAUCAGGAAACAAUGUGAAGAUACUUGGACGAAAGAAGGCCUUAGAAAAGGCUGAGGUCAUCAUGUAGAACACACACAAAAGGAAAUCCUUGCAGGACCCAUCAUAUUGUUCUUCAAGCUUUGAUUAUGUCCAUCUUGAAGUUGAUCAAUUUUAAUGGACAUCACCCAUCACUCAACUCUUUAUCAAAGAAAUUACCCAAUUUUUUUAGAAGAGCAAUUAUAUUUUGGGUAUUAAUCAAGCGAGAUUGCAUUUUAUUAAAAACUUAGAAGUUAGGCUUGGUGGUUAUUAUCAAACCAAUCUUACGUUGACACUGGAUCACAGCGUAGGGGCCUCAAUGGAGCAGUGUCAUCCGGUGUGUCAUUGUAAGGUUGGUGUGAUUGUAACCGAACCGAAGUUCAUCCUUAUACACACAUUGAAGUUACAGUGAUAAACAACAUACUGUCUUUGGAAUUUAUUUAAAAGGGAGUAAAAUGAUGUUAAUUUC